GCAGCCCCCGCCGAGCCGGGCAGCGCCGGGGGCGAUGUUUCCCCUGUGGAAGGCCGUUCUCUCGGAGAGUCUCCUGGGCUACAUUUCUUGGUCUCUUUACCAUGCACUGCCACCGAUGAUCUACUACUUCCCACUUCAGACACUGGCACUCACAGGCCUGGAAGCUUUUGCUGUUGCCUUCCUUUCCCCGAUAUUCUUGACAUUUGGCCCCUUUUGGAGGCUGGCUAACAAUAAGUAUGUGUUAGCCUUUCUGAGAUUGACUAUGGUUGGAAGCUUAGCAUCAUACCAUGCACCAAAUGCUUCAAUUAGACUACUCAUCUUGGCUGCUGGUGUUUCUUCUUCAUUGCUGGUUCAAACAGUAACAUGGUGGUCAGGAAACAGUUUACAAAGGUUCAUCAGGAUAUGGGGCUUCAUGCUAGGCAAGAUAAUGCUCCUUGUUCUUCGUAUUUGGUACACAUCACUUAAUCCAGUCUGGAGCUCACGAGUUGCCAAUACUGUCAUACUGACAGUUGGUUUUGUAGUAGCAGUGGAGCAAAUUCAUUCAGGUAGAGACAAGAGGAAACAAGAAACAAACAAAACUAGUAAUGUGGUUAGAGAGACUGCUUCCCAUCCUCAUUGGUUUUUAUCAGGGAUUGCUUUUGGCAGCCUCAUGUUCCUCACUCUGUGGAUAUUUGGGGAGGUAUCAUUAAUUUCUAGAUGGGCAGUAAGUGGACAUCCACAUACAGGUCCAGAUCCUAAUCCAUAUGGAGGUACAGUUCUGUUGGGCCUUGCUCAUGGACUGAUGCUUUCAUUUUGGAGCUGGUCUUCUGUCAUCAGUUUUGCCUUGUUUCUCAUAGGUUUGGCAUCUUCAGCUGGUCUCCUUUAUUUACAUACCUGGAGUGCUGCUGUUGCAGGCAACAUUCUUGGUAUCUUUACUAUGUGUGUGUGGCCUCAACUAGCUGGACGCUUUGUUAGCUGUCUGCAUCCUGGGAAAGCCAUGAGUACAGCCAUGUUUGCCUAUGUUCUUGAAUUAUUCUUCUGUGUAUGGUGUACAGCUUACAAAUUUGUGCCUGGAGGAGUUUACAUUAGAGAAAGCUCCCAUCUUCUUCUAGGUUUUAUAAUGCUAUGUAUUGGAGUAGGCUUUCUAACAGGACCCAAGAAAGACCUUAGCUCUGUCUUUGAAGUGAAAAGCAAUCAAAAACCAUUCUUCAAAAGGAGUAAAAAGUAUAUUAAACUAUUAUUGUGGCUGUUUGUUGGUGUUGGUUUGCUUGGAUUGGGUUUACGUUAUAAAACUUACCAGAAGAAGCUGGGCCAAGGGGUUCCAAAAAGAGAUUUCUCUGCUAUGAUCUGGCCUUUUAGGUUUGGAUAUGACAAUGAAGGAUGGUCUAAUUUGGAAGGAUCAGCUAAUCUGCUUAAUCAGACAGAAGCAGAUUUUAUCACUAUUAUAGAGAGUGAUGCCUCUAAACCAUUCAUUGGAAACCAUGAUCCAACAAUGUGGCUAGGAGAAAGACUGGGAUUUUAUACAGACUUUGGUCCAAGCACAAGAGAUCACACUUGGGGGAUUAUGGCACUAUCCAGGUAUCCAAUUCUAAAAUCGACCCAUCACCUCCUUCCGUCUCCAGAGGGAGAGAUUGCACCUGCCAUCGCCCUGACUGUCAACUUCACAGGGAAGCUGGUUGAUUUUGUUGUCGCUCACUUCGGAAAUGAAGAAGAGGACUUGGAUAGGAAACUCCAAGCAAUAGCUGUUUCAAACCUAUUGAAGACUAGCUCUAAGCAGGUUGUAUUUCUAGGGUACAUCACUUCAGCUCCUGGAUCCAGAGACUAUAAUGAAUUAAUAAAAAAUGGAAAUGUGCAGGAUAUCGACAGUACAGAUAGGGACAGAUGGUGUAGCUAUAUUAUGUAUCGUGGAGUAAUAAGGCUGGGUUAUGCCCGCAUAUCUCAUGCUGGUUUAAGUGAUUCAGAAGUCCAGAUGGCCAAAUUUAGAAUCCCAGAUCACGUGGAUAACUAUGUGGACAAUGAUAGGAUUGUCACUGAUCCCAGCCAAGUUCCUGAGGAUGUCCAUUUCAAUCCCAGGUUUGGAUCUUACAAAGAUGGACAUAAUUAUGUGCCUAUUCAUCACUUUCAUAUGAGCACUCCUAAAUAUUUUAAACAGACAAAUUAG